AUGGAUUUGCACAGUAGUAUAUUAGAGAAGGCUGGAAAGUGUGGUAAAAAACGCGUGAAGCAAUUAUUUUUUCGUAUUCUGAUAUCAUUGAAGCCCGGUUAUGUUAAGUUUGGGAAGUAUGCGAUGUUGGGUGAUGACGACAUGCGAGUUAUAUUUCAUAGUCAAACAAGAUUUCCCGACUUAGGGGCGCUGGAGUUGUUUGUCAGAUUGGUUGACGUGGAGGGCAGCAGCGGGGGAACUGGUCCGAAUCUGCCCACUGGCGUCUUAGAAGGAACUUCCACCGCCGUUCCAACAGGGAAACCGGUGACUCCACUUGUUUUGUCCCCAUCUUUUGCUGCUGAUUUGCCUGUCUCGGGUGAUGACUUGGGUGAUGGGCGUAGCUUCGGCCAGCUUGCAGCUGCGAUGGGAUCUGAACCUGUAGUUGAUGGUGCACCCGCAUUCAUGGAGGUAAGAGAGAGAGAUCCGUUUGCGGAGGCUAUAGGUGAUGAUGGGUCAGAUUCGGAGCCACCAAUUAUUGGUGACGAGAGCGACGGCGAAGAGGACACCGCAGUUACCGUGGGAGCUCAAACCCAUGGUAGCAGUGGUACGCAGCAGUACCCUCGACACUUUACCACAUUGGACCUUGAAGCAAUGAACCAGGCCGCAAAUGUAGAUCAGCAUCACCCGGUGAUUCACGGAGAAAGGCCUAGUGUGAUUGGCACGGACGAGUUUGAGGUCGGGCAACGGUUUGAAACAAAAGAGGAAGCUGUACUGACAAUCAAGAGUUAUAAUAUUCGGCAAGGUGUAGAGUAUAAAGUGUUUGAGUCAGACCAGUUGAAGUAUCAUGGGAAGUGUGUCCAGUUCGGGAAUGGUUGUAAUUGGCUGAUCCGUGUCACUAUGAGACAGAGGAAAGGCUACUGGGAGGUUAGAAAGUACAAUGGACCACACACGUGUCUAGCAACAGAGAUAUCAAUGGACUACUUGGAUCACCUCAAGACUGCUGUAUGGCAUCCAAAUGAACUGCAACAUGGAAAUCAGUCAACAUCCCCAACCGACUAUAUGAAAACAGAAAUGCAGUGA